AGGACACGCCCGAUCUAAAGGUGCCGAUGCCGCUGCCCUUCCCUCGCUUUCCUUCUUCGGGCCUCUCGGGAGGCCCUCGUCGCCAGCGAGGGAUUCGCCUCGGAGUUCUGGUCAGCGUGCACUCCAGGCGAUGUCCAGGGAGCAGCGGUACCGGCACCUCCUGCUUUCCCCAAGGCCGGCGGGCUGCGGCGUGCGCCGUGGCUCUGGAGCCCAGGCAGGGCCGGCUGCGCGGCCUCUCCGCGGAGCCUCCCCUUGGAGCUGCCGCAGGAGUGCUGGGCGCUGUCGAGACGCCGUUGGCAUGGUGCGCGAGGGUGCUGGCAUCCGCGCUGCUUGCGGCGACUGUGAGCCCUCAGGUUGCGGGCGCUGCGAUGGAGCAGGUCAGCUACUCCGAGUUCCUCGACCAGGUCGACGCGGGCAAGGUGGAGCUGGUGCGCAUCGGGCCCAACGCCCUAGCGCGCGACCUGCUGGACGCGCAGUAUGUUUCCACGGACGGCUCCCGCCACGAGCUGACGCUGGUGCCGAACGCGGCAGUGGAGGAUGAGCUCAUUUGCCAGCUUGCAGAUAAGGGGAUCGACGUAGACGUGCGGAGUACCCGCAUAACAAGCAGCGGCCCGUCGGAGGUCCUGACUGUGUACGCGGGUCCCAUCGCCUGGCUUGCCGCCAACUUGUUUCUGAUCCACGAGACCUUUGGAGAGGGCGGCCUCGUUCAGGGUCUGAUGGGACGGGGCAAAUCUCCGGCCAAGAAGCUCAAGGCCGGGGACACCAAGGCGAAGUUCUCGGACGUGGCAGGGUGCGACCAGGCGAAGGCCGAGCUCGUGGAGGUGGUGGAUUUCCUGAAGAACACAUCCCGCUAUGCCGAGCUGGGUGCCAAGAUCCCCAACGGCGCUCUUCUGGCUGGCCCCCCUGGCACUGGCAAGACGCUCCUGGCGAAGGCGGUCGCCGGAGAGGCCGGCGUUCCCUUCUUCAGCGCGUCGGCCUCGGAGUUCGUGGAGGUGUUCGCCGGUGUUGGCGCUUCUCGCGUCCGUGACCUCUUUGCCGAGGCGAAGAAGAGCGCGCCCUGCAUUACGGAUCUUCAUUGACGAGAUCGACGCUGUGGGGCGACAGCGCAGCAGCGGUGGUGGUGGGCGCGGCAGCGACGAACGCGAGCAGACGGUGAACCAGUUGCUGACCGAGAUGGACGGCUUCGAGGCCAACAACGGCGUCGUGGUGCUCGCGGCGACCAAUCGCCUCGACGUCUUGGACAAAGCGUUGACGCGGCCCGGCCGCUUCGACCGCAAGAUCCAGGUUGACCCGCCGGACGUGGAAGGCCGCGCCGCCAUCCUCGCAGUGCACGCCAGGGACAAGUCGAUGGCACCCUCCGUCGACCUGGGCGUGGUGGCGCGCCAGACGCCUGGCAUGGCCGGCGCCGACCUCGCUAACCUGCUCAACGAGGGAGCCAUUCUAGCGGCCAGGCGCAACGCAUCCGAGAUCGAGCAGGAUGACAUCUCGAGCGCCCUCGAGCGUAUCCAGAUGGGCCUUGAGAGGAAGGGCGGGGUCAUGUCUGAGAGGAAGCGCCGCCUGGUCGCUUACCACGAGGCGGGCCAUGCCAUCCUGGGCGCGCUGAUGAAGGAUUACGACGUGGUGACCAAGGUCAGCAUCGUACCGCGCGGUCCCGCUGGAGGCGUCACGAUAUUCAUGCCCACGGAGGAGCGCCUGAAUUCUGGUUUGUAUUCGAAGGAGUUUCUGCAGAAUCGCAUGUGCGUCGCGCUGGGAGGCCGCGCUGCAGAGGAGAUAGUCAAUGGCAAGGCGAAUGUGACCACGGGCGCCUCCAGUGAUUUCCAGCAGUGCACGCAGGUAGCCACAGCCAUGGUGACCCAGCUUGGCAUGUCUGACGUUGUCGGGCAGCGCGCGGUGGGCUCGCAGGACCAGGGCAGCGCCCCGCCAGUCUCUCAGAGGCUCCGCGAGCAGGUGGACGCAGAGAUCAGGCGCAUCGUGGACGAGCAGUACGAGCGAGGCGUGCAGAUCCUCAGGUCCAACAUGCACCUCCUGGACGCCCUGGCGGAGCUGCUGCUCGAGCGCGAGAAGGUGAGCGGCGAGGAGCUCGUGGGGCUCGUCAACGAGACUGCAGCCGCGGGCAAACUUGUCAGGGACGAGCAGAGAGUGAUGGCAGCCGCGGCUUGCGCGGGGGAAAGCACCCCAGAGCCUUAAGGCCGGCUGGCUGCGGGUGUGCACCGACCUUUUGUUACAUAGGUUCUGCUGCAGGGCUGGUCUACUGGCGUUGGUGUAUAACUGGCGUCCUUAGGCCCAGGCUGUGUAGCCUCUUUGCAAUUUCUAUUUAGCAUUCCCUCAGCGUCUCAUGCUUGCACCUCGCAGCCUGAUCGGCCCCAAUGAGGGCCACAGGUCAGCUUGGGCUUCGAGCUCAAUUUUUUGUUGAAGCCGUGCCGCAUGCUCUUCCGAGAGGACACCAGCGUGGCACGGAUUUGCACAUCUUCCUGCCCGACCGAGCCACGUGCGGCAUAUGCGUGUGAUCAGGGGGCCAGAAUUUUCGCUUGGAGCGCUUCGCUCGAAUGCCAGCUUCCUCGCCGGGUAGCUUCUAGACGGCCUUGGGGUAACUGUCAAUAGGCGCUGUCUUUGGCGCUUCCCCGCUGUUGGGCUCGAAAAUUAUUCCUUGACUCGAAAGAAGACCGGUGGGGCGAUGGGAGGUGAUGCGCCCUCGCCUCCGCUUUGGAACCGCGCGCGCGCGAUUCUCCCGAGUCUACACCGCAGGCGCUUCGUGGCUGCAAAUCUCGGGGACCCUCCCCC